AUUAUUGUACAGUAUGUCUUAGAGAAGUGAAAUGAAAGAAACAAUGUAGAAAGCAAUACAAUACAAAUAUUAACCCAACGUAUUCAUGAUUUAUUAAAGAGAGAAGUUAUAUUGACUAUGUAAUUAGAGUAAUAAGAUGGAAGAACGGGAGAAUGGUAGAAGUAUAAAAGAGUUUCCAGAUAAUAUAUUAUUAAAUAUAUUCUCUAACUUGUCUAUAAAAGAUCUGACACAUGUAGCUGUGAUAUGUAAAACAUGGCAUCGUGUAUCAUUAGAUGAUUUUUUAUGGAGAGAUAUUUUUCAGCGAGAUUGGAAGAUUAAGAAAUCAAUAACCAUUGCACCAGGAAAGUGUUACUGGAAGAAUGAAUAUAAAAGAUUAAUUUAUCAUACACCUGCUAGAGAAAGUCAGAAUAUACAGCAUCAUAAAGAUCAAGUUUUACACGUUAGUUUCUCUCAUAAUGGUCUACUGUUUGCUACAUGCUCUAAAGAUGGCACAUUUAAGGUUUGGACAUCUGAACACCCGUGUAAAUUACAGUUUCAAUAUGAUAUGAAGGAGUUUCAUUGGAAGUAUACUCAAUUCUCUCAGUUUAAUAUGUCUGAUAGUUUAUUAUUGGUGUCGGGUGUUCAUUUUGGAGAAAGUAGUACGUCAGGAGAAAUAGCUGUAUUUAGUAUACAUGAUAAUUUUGAACUACAGUGUAGAAUGAUUAACAAGCCAUAUGAUGUAUUUGGUACAUGGUAUAAUGAUACUCAUUUAUUAUCUGGUAGUCUUUAUUGGACAGGUGAUCUCAAUUCCUGCUCCGCCCUCUGGCUAAAUAUGGUACUGGCAUCUCAAGCGAUAGAGACAGAAGAUGAGUCUGUGGUGAUGCGACUGUUUAAAUUUCAUAAUCAGAAUGCCAGCUCUAUUCGAACUAUAAUGAUAGCCAACUGCUAUAGUGAACAGCAGAGAUUCUUCUUAAAACAGCGUAAAAUAAUGUUUCAACACGUCAAUGAGUGUUCUAUGUGCAAAACUAAAUAUUAUUUAAGUACUGCUCCAAGCUGUAUGAACGAUAGUAUGGAUAGCGAAGAUUUUAAUCGUCUUAAUGAAAAUACCAACCAGAGAGAUUUGUGUCGAGAGGAUAGUAAACUUUUGGCAGAACCCCAUGAUGCCGAUAAUGAGCCAUUGAUAGAUGUCAUCAAAACCAUGUUGAACGGAACCAUAGAAUAUAAAACUGAAUAUCGUCAAGCCGUAGAAAGGAUGAGCGAAAUAGACGGACAAAAGAUAAAACCAGACACAUUUAAUGAAAUUAGAAAAACUAUUAACAAAGAAAAUGAUUUGGACAUUGAAAUUGACGAAUGUUCAUGUAGUAGUGAAAAUAUUAUAACCGAAAAUCAAUCGACUCCCGAUUCAAUCUAUUGUGAUAAAUUUAAUAUGAGUGACGCACGAUUAUUUGAUUCUGAUCAUUACCUGUGUGACAAGUUAUUGAUAUUUACGCUAGGAUCUGAAGCUUACACACCUCAUCAAAUAGGUAUUAAGAGAAUACCAGCAUUAGGUACGGCUAAAAAGAUGAAAGACAGUCGCGGUAAUCGUAUAUUACCUAGCGUAUCGGAUAAUAAUCAGGGAUUAGAUCGCACCUAUGAUAAAGUAGAUCAUACAUUUGAAAUGGGUGGCCAUAUUAUUGGUAUGUGUUUAUCUCCAGAUCAGAGAUUUCUAUAUGUUAACUGUCGUCCGUGGCCGAGAAAUUAUAGAAUAGAAAAGCCUUUAGAACCACCACCAUUAGCCCAAGAGAUAGAUAUACAUGUUAUAGAUCUAGAGAGAAUGAUAGAAGUUGGUACCAUGUUAAAAUCACAUAAAGCAUACACAGCUAAUGAUGAAUGUUUCUUCAUCUUUUUGGAUGUUAGUGAUGAAUAUGUUUCAAGUGGAGCUGAAGACAAACAUGGUUAUAUCUGGGACAGACAUUAUGGAAUAUGUUUAAAUAAAUUUCAACACCAGGAUGUGGUUAAUUCUGUAGCCUUUAAUCCAAUUGAUCCAGAAAUGUUAGUUAGUGUCAGUGACGAUAAUUUUAUUAAAGUGUGGCGUUCGCGAAACUGGUUUCAUCAGCAGAAGAACGUGCAGAGUGCGGCUUCAAAUUCCUUAAGUACACUGAAUACUUUUAAAGAUGUAUCACGAAAAUGGGAGACUAUGGAUAAUGAUACUCUAGAAAUGAGUGAUUAAAAAUCUGUUAUUACUAUGGCCUACAAAAAAUUAUUCUAGUUCUCAGACAGUUCUUAAAAUAAACAAUUUUUAUUUUGUCAUAGAAUCACUACUCAAUCUGACUAAAACACAGAUCCUAAUUCGUUUCGUUUUUUUUUUAGUUCAAAAUUUCGUUUUACUUGUCGUUACUACACUAGGAUCUUGAAGAGUUGUUAUCAUUGACAUGUUCUGGAUGAUGUAAGGGAUCAGCCAAUGAAAUGGUCUGUUACGGCGAGCUUUUGGUGUGAUGUGCACGGAACUGUGGGUAAUCCUCUAGAAACAUCAAUGCUGAUUGGUUAAUCGAAUGUCUGACAUCAUAGGUUAAAAAUCGCUCGUAUGACCUCUGACGCGACCUCCCAAAACAACUGGUCAGAUUUGUAUUUUAGUCAGAUUGAUCACUACUUGACUAUAUAUACAAAUCAAAUUCUUGUUUAUAGGAAUGUUUGGUUAUCCAAUAUCAUUUAUCAAUCUGAUCAAAAUACAGAUCUAUAUUUCGUUUCGUUUUUUAUACUUUCGAUGGCCUCUACUACAUGAAGAUCUGGCCAGUUAUAGUGGGGGUUCACUUCAGGGGUCAAAAGACCGACUUUUGACCUAUGACGUCAGACAUUUGAUUAACCAAUCAGCAUUGAUAUUACUAGUGGAUUACCCACAGUUCCGGCCAAAAAAGGUCAAACACUCGAUUCGACAGACCAUUUGAUUGGCCGACCCCUCAUUUCAAGCAAAACACAAGUUAAAUAACAAGUCUUCCAGAUCCAAGUGUAGUAAAGACAACUAAAACGAAACUUUGAACUAUAAAAACGAAAUGAAAUAAAAACAUGUCAUGCGCCCUUUUAAAGUGGGAGAAAGGUAGAUCAGAGACUGUCCUGCACAUAUGAUGUCGUAUGUUCAUGGUGCAUUAGGGUAGAGUAAGGGUUAGGUUUGGUCCAGGGUUAGGGUUAGUGCUAGCCCAGUUUACAUCCCAAGAUUUUAUUAAAAAUCUGUAGGUCCUAACCCUAACCCUCUAUCCACAUAUGACGUCAUAUGUGCUAUCUAGCGUUAUCUUUCAAAUGAGACAGGAUUUUGUCUGAGAAGAAGAAUAUUUUUUUAUAUAUGGUCUAUACACUGUAACCCAGGCUGACCUUAAAAAUAUCUUUGUUUCACCAAACCCAACCCACAAUCGAGGAGAAGGGUCGGUAGGUCGGGUUUAUUUUUCAGAUUUUUUUUUUUAAGAGCUAAUUUGACAGCUUGAUAAUUUUCCGGGUGCAAACAUUCGUCUUCUUUUAUUGGCAAACAAAUCAAUGACAUCGGGAUUUUUCUUGAUCUUUGAUGCACGACUCGCACACAAAUUGCGACACACUCACGUUUGAAACUCCCUCAACACGUUUUUAACGAUCGUGCGGGUUGUGCCUUUAUUUUUCUCGAAAACGGAUAUUGAAAAUAUCGUCGUCAUGUUUAAAACGACGCCCCACAGACAUAGAGGCAGAAUCAUUUCGUGAGAAUGGACGUGCUUUCAGCUGCAACCAUUUUGUUGAGAAGCGACACCUAUGACGCUUUUGUCUUGAUCAACCAGUUUCAAUAAUGAAUCAAACCCAAUUACCCCUAAGUAGCCAUAGUAAAGGGAAAUAACUCUUGUGAUAUAUUUCAGGUUGACACACAAAAUAAAAUAAAAAGAUUGCGGAAAAGUGCAAUAAAAUAAUUUAAGUCGGGGGUGGUUUUAGUUAGUCGGUCGCGUUAGGCGAAACAAAGAUAUUUUUAAGGUCAGCCCCAGGUAUCAUUUAAUCUUGUGUAUCUAGCAC